UAGGAAGGAAAGGUAGUGUUAAUCCUUAAAAGCAAAAGUAGGAUUUUACAAACUUCGACUUCAUUAAUAUUAUACCAACAAACUUAAUUUGCCUCUAUAUCUUAUCCUUUUAAUUGUCUCUCUACUCAUAUUCACAAGUUUAAUUUGCUAAUCAAAUGUUUUAAAUACUACUCAUACAAUUCCUAAAUUCGAACAAAAAUUAUGAGCUACUCUAAUGUUACCCAUGUUGGUCAUGAAUCAUACCCUCCAUCUCAAGGUUGGUAUCCUGGACCUGGACCGGAAACUGCACCGCCUCCACCGCCUCGGCCAGGUUUUGAGCAGGGGUAUGGAUCAAGGCCGCCUCCAGGGCCUGGGUAUCAAGGUUACUUCAGUGACAAUUACCCACCACCAGUAGCCCACGUCCACCACAGUGGCCCAACUCAUUAUCCCUAUCAGCAGCCCUAUGAAGGCUAUGAUUACUCCUAUGAUUCUGGCUGUCCACCCUUCCUUAGGGCUUGCUUUACUGCUCUUUGUUGCUGCUGCGUCCUGGAGCAGUGCUGCAGUUUCUGGUGAUUUUGUGUAGUGAUACUCAUGCAAUUUAAGUCAUGUAUUAUUUUCACAAACUUUGUUUAUUAAUUACUUGACAACGAUGUAGUAAUCUGAAACGUUAAAUUGUUAAUCACUUUAUUUAUUAUAUUUUGAGGCACUAGCUACUAGCUAGCCAAAGUAGCAAUAGUGGCAGGUUGUUGAGGCCGGUAUAGCUGCUACUUGCUAGUAUUUGUUGGAAGUUGUCCAACAGCCUUCAACUUUAUCACAAGGAGAUAUCCCUGUAAACUAGGUCAUGAGGCCCACUAGAGAAAUGGACAUGAGCCCAUUCUUAAAAUCAGUCCAUUUUGACAAAUGGCUAUCUGCCUAUCUUAAAUGGCCGUAGAGAAUUACUUUGUACGUAGUACUCUGUAUGUAUUAAUGUUAAACUAACUAAUGGCUUAAAGGCCUUCAUUUCA